AUGUUUGAAAAUGUAAUUCCUUUGUGUGACAGGGUGUGUGAACAUAGCACUACCUUGGAUUUGCUAGAGAAAGGUUUGGAUGUGCAUGUUGUGGCAGAUGCCUGCUCUUCGAGAAGCCAGGUGGAUAGACUCAUUGCCUUGUCUCGAAUGAAGCAGAGUGGUGCAUUCCUUACAACUGGAGAGGGUGUUAUCUUGCAGCUUGUAAAGGAUUCAAAACACCCCAAUUUUAAGGAGGUCCAGAAGUUAAUAAUGGAACCAGCACCAGACAGUGGACUCCUCCAGCUUUUUCAGGGACAAAAUCCACUUUUCACUUAGUUCUUUUUUGUACUCUUCUUACUGAUUAGAACACAGAAAUUAUUAUAUGGAAUAUAGCUAGUCAUCAUUAUUAUCACCAUCAUUGUCUUCAAUCAUCAUCAUCAUCGUCAGUUGGUAUUAUUCUGCAUGUACCUGUACAACAGCAGCACUUGGUAUGUGAGGAAAUAAAUUUUAAUUCUUCAACAA